AUGACGUUGGAACAGCGCAAGUUCAGCGCCGUCCCCGACAGGCUUCGCCCUGUCGGCAAUGUGCCACUCUCCGACGCAGACCGACGACCGAUGACCUCGAAGCAAGCGAAGAAGCUGCAUCUCGAGAGAAAUCGCGGGCCUCGCUUGACGAAACAACAGCAGCGAGAACGCGACCGGGAUCUCCAGGCCGAGAUCCGACGAGAGAUCGCGGAAAAGGAAAAGGCGGAGAGGCAGGAGAAAGACAGGGUUCGGCAGCAGGCAAAGGCCAGAGUCCUUCGCGAUAAGAAAAAGGCGAAAGAGGAUGCUGAGAAAGAUGCAAAGCGCAAGGCUGGCCUUCCGCUUGCGACAUGUCGUCCCAGUCAGGAUACGAUUGCUCGAUUCUUCAAGUCAAAUCGCGUCGAGAAGAAGACGAGUAUUUCAGGACUAGAUCAGCGGGAACAUGAGGAGCCCAUGAUACCAAGAUGCCAAGCAGAGGAAGCAAGGCCAGGCUCGAGCCAGAGUUACGGAGAACAGCAGCAUGUCGAGUCGCCAGCAGCUCCUACAGAAGUUGCGAAGCUUCAAACACCUACACAACUCAAGCAUUCCGCAGUACCUUCGACUGAACUGCUUCGCUUGCCUGCCAUCAGAGAGCAGGAAGAGCUCACGGAUAAGGGCAACGACACAGACGAUGAACCAAGUGCGGCGCCAUCAUACACGGAACUCCAGAAAGAAGCACAGCUUGAGGUGCCUAGAAGUCCUCCGAAGAAGCGCAUCAGGCUAGAUAAAGAGGCUGACGAUCAAGCAUGUUCACCACCGCUGAUCAUACAGCGAAUACCGAGCCCCAGCCGCCCUUCUUCUGCCUCAAUUUCACCGGCGAGAAACAUGGCUUUGCAGCAUGAUCGGCCUUUGGCUGACAGCGCAUACUCCACCGUCCCUGCACUUGAUUGCGUACAGGAUCGCAUCCAUGCUUCACAUUCUCCUCCUGUCAAGGUGCCUGGCACCGAGGCAGUAACAAACAGGCUGUCUCGCGACCAAAUCAACCGCCCUGGCUUCAUUCGAGCUUCUGCGUUACGCGAAACCCCAAAACAUAGGGCUGUGCCACGGUUCGUACGACCGCCGCACCCAUCCGCCUACAAGGAUCGCCAAUCCAGGCCCGACACUGGCUCCGGCUCCCGCAAGUUUCUGCAACCUGUAACGGAAAGAGUGCUUUGCAAGGACUCACCUUCAAUACCGCCGCCGUCCAGCACGCUUGCGUUCAUCAACGAUAACCUGGAUGACUUUUUUGGAGAUUGUUCUCAGUUGGCGCUCGAGGGUGCAAUCACGGAGAAGGGUGGCAAUGUCCAAACCGACAAGCUGUCAAGCCAAAGCCGCAAGAGACCAGGCGAAGCAGCUCCAUUAGACGUGUGCAAGAAGGGUCGACCUUCUCCUGCGGUUGCGCCCGUGGUGAAUCUGCUCCCAGAAUUCGGAGAUCUGGACAGUCUGUUUCCCAGUGGCACGCAACUCCAAAGAGAGCUGUUGGAGGACCAGGUUGUUUCAAGUGUCCACGACGUCGGCGCCAAGCCUGCCGUUCGAGGCGAGACUAUCCAGCGAGCGGGCUCAGAUGGUGCACCCGCCAGCACAAAGAAACAGUGCCCCAAGCAGAAUCGUCUCACUCUGCUUCAGGCAGAUGCGGGCGACGCCAUGCCGUUCUUCUGCAGCCAGGACUUCAACCUCUCGCCUCAGGACAUGCAGGAGAUCGAAUCACCGCCCGUAACGGUUGCGAAGACAGCACGCCGGGACACACCAGAGCGCAUGGGGCAUCAAGCAGAACAAGCUGCGCCGUGGAUACCGAUGACCUGGAAACGCAGACGACCAGUCUUGCAGAGUUUCGCAACCGGCAGGACUCGCCAUUCGAAGGGCAUGAUGCAGAAACCUCGGCCUGAUCCUAGCCAACGAGCCAACGCCCGCGCACCACAGAACGUGCUGGAGAUUCACCACCCCGAGCCUCCAGCCGUGGUCAACGCGUCAGACCACCCCGCAACGACAGGCCAGCGCGCGCCACUGCGACCGAUCAGCAACCCUCCAGACGCCGCGCAACCGCCGCAACAAGCCGUGUCGUCGCAGGACCUGGCGGCCAUGCUCGAGGCAGACUGGGACGACGACUGCCUGCAAGCCCAGCACCGGCAGCAGGAGCACGAGAAGGAGCCGCGAAAGCCACGCCCCGAAUCCAGCGAGCCCCAGGAUCUUUGGGACGCAAUCUCAUCCCAAGACCUGCGGGCCGUCUUUGCGGAAGAAGACUGGAGCAACUUGGCUGUCUGA